AUGGCAGACACCUGCUGCUCCAGGACCUACGUGGUGGCUGCGUCCACCCUGUCUGUCUGCUCCAGUGACCUGAACUGUGGCAGCCGCGUCUGCUCACCCACUGCUUGUACCAGCUCCUCCUGGCAGGUGGACAAUUGCCAAGAGAGCUGCUGCGAGCCCCCCUGCUGUGCCCCCAGCUGUUGCCAGUCCAGCAGCUGCGCCCCCACAUGCUGUGCCCCGGCCUCCUGCCUGACCCUCAUCUGCACCCCUGCAAGUUGCGGAUCUGGUCCCUGCCAAUCAGCCUGCACCAGCUCCUGCCAGCCUGCCUGCUGCAGCUCCUCUCCCUGCCAGGAAAACUGCUGUGUGUCUGUCUGCUGCAAGCCCAUCUGCUGCACCCCUGUCUGCUGCAAGCCCGUCUGCUGCACCCCGGUCUGCUGCAAGCCCGUCUGCUGCACCCCUGUCUGCUGCAAGCCCGUCUGCUGCAAGCCUGUCUGCUGCAAGCCCAUCUGCUGCACCCCUGUCUGCUGCAAGCCCGUCUGCUGCACCCCUGUCUGCUGCACCCCUGUCUGCUGCAAGCCCGUCUGUUGCACCCCUGUCUGCUCUGGGCCCUCCCCCUGCUCGGCCCCCUCCUGCUGCCAGCCCAGCCCCUGCUCCUUGUCCUGCUGCAGACCAUCCUCCUGCAUGUCCCUGCUCUGCCGCCCCGUGUGCAGGCCCGCCUGCUGCGUGCCUGCCUCCGCCCAGAAGUCCUGCUGCUGACGGGGCCCGUCUCCCCCGGGGCCAGCUAAGCUCAGGACCCACCCAGUGACCGUGGUCCUCCCCGCCCCCUCAGUCCGGUCCUGACCUGUGUUAGGUGGCUGCCCACACCCAGGACAGGGUCUUCCAUGCGUCCACUCUGCUGACCUGACCUUGACCUAAUAGCUCCCCAGAACGCUGCCCCCGCUGCUCCCCAGGGCUCCUGCUCCCAGGAGGGGCCUCCAGCACUUCCGGGUCCCCCGCCCUUCCCUCCC